AUGGAGUGCGGUAUGGCGUUCGUCACCUCUCCCUUCACUCUUCUCCUUAACACAUUUCGUUCAUCCUCCUACCCUUGUUCUCGUAACCUCUCCUCCCCCACAGGCCUUCAGGUUCAGAGAGCGACCCCGGUGCCUCUCCCUUCAGACGCCUCUGAUAGUGACAGUGACUAUGAGGAGUGUGACAGUAACGGCAACACUGCUCCUAACCACUGCCCUGACUUUCUUAUCCCAACACCUGCUCCUCCCUCUCCCUUCUUUCUCUUCCCCUCACAGGGCUGCAGAUCCAGAGAGCAAGCCCGGUGCCGCUCCCUUCAGACGCCUCUGAUGACAGUGACUAUGAGGACUGUGACAGUAGCGAAGGGGAACCCGGCAGCAGCAGCAGCGGCGGCGAACCUGCCAGCACCCUUUCAACUGAAUCAGUACCGAGUGAGUUCCCUCAUCCCUCAUCACAUGCCGGUGGAGGGUUAUUUGGAGCAGGCUCUACUGGCGGCGGGCAUGAUGCUUCCCCGUCGCCCAUCCCCUCCCCACCCCUCCAAUACGCACUCUAUCUUCCCCCCUCCACACUCGCCCCCCCCGUCUCCAGCGGUGGAGGGUUAUCUGGAGCAGGCUCUACUGGCGGCGGGCAUGAUGCUUCCCAGCAACUUCGGGGAUCUGUUCAAGAUUGGGUGGAGCAGGAGCAGCAGGACGGAUAAAGGGGUCCCCUCUCAGGUGCAUUCAGUGGCAACGGUGGUGUCAGUGAAGCUAGAGCGGCCAGAAAGUGCCUUCCAAAGAAGGCAAGGCCAGCAGCAGGAGGAGGAGCGGGCGCGCUUAGUGCAUUCAGUGGCAACGGUGGUGUCAGUGAAGCUCGAGCUCCCAGAGAGCCUCUUUCAAAAAGGCCAAGGGCAACAGGACGAGGAGCGAGCUGGCUUGGCAGUAGCAGAUGCAAUCAACGCCCAUCUGCCCGCCUCCAUCCGGGUCUUUGGCGCCGUGCCUGUCACCAAGAGCUUCUCGGCCAGAAGGGCGUGUGUGAGCCGCACGUACCACUACCUGCUCCCUGCUGAUUUGCUGCUGCCGAGGAGUAGCAGGAGAGGAGGACUGGGAGGGGUGGGAGAAGAGGAAGGGGAGGAGGAGGAGGAGUUGAGGAGGCGGUUGAAGGAGUUUCAGCAAAUACUCAACACGUUUGAGUGCAGUGCAGUGCCGAGAAGGGAGGGUGAGGAGGGGGUGAGGAGGGGGACGGGGUGCGGAGGGGGACGGGGGGAGGCACGCGAGAAGAAGAAGAGGGAGGCGCCUGCAUUUGCUUUUCCUGUUGCUCCUUUGCCCCAGGGGAGGCACGCCUUGCUCAACUACACUGUGCGGCGGCUGUAUGGCGAGAAGGAGGAGGAGGGGGAGGAGGGAGAGGAGGGUGCUUUACUGACUCUCUCCCAUCUGCAUUUGCCGUCCCUAUCCCUCCUUCCCCGUCCAGGGCAAGCACGCGUUUCACAACUACACUGUGCGGCGGCUGUAUCGCGAGAAGAAUAA